CUCGUCGAUUGGUCUCUCUCUCUCACUCUCUCUCACUCUCUCUUAAGGAUAUAAAGAAAGUUUCUAUUACUUUUUGUUCUUUUUUCCUCCCUUCUUUCUUUUUUCGUGGGUCGAUAUUAUUAUGUGAGACCGAGAAAGAUUUGAAGGAUUCAAACGAAUAUAUCGUCGAUCAUAGUUAAUACUUUUCAAUGAGGGGAGGGGGGGGGACUAAUUAGAUCGAAGAGAAGAGGAUUCGUGUCUUCCUGGAUUAGAUCUAUCAUCUUAGGUCUAUCAUCAAUUUUUGAUUGAAAUCAAGUUAUCAGUGCACAUUUAUCGUCCUUGACAACGUUAAAACUACGAAGGCCUCUUUAUACAAUAUAAUCAUGCGUUCGCGUACGUGAGAUGGACUUAUAUCGUAUCACCGACUGCAUCACCACUACCACCUCCACUAUCAACACCAAGACGAUCACCGGCACUUCUGCCACCUCCUCCUUUUCGUCAUCUUCCGCCACCUCCGGUGGUAGCUUUAAACUACGCUUCGGUGCCGGCAGACUCAUGGAUACGUGGAUAUUGUUCCUCUUCGUCAUCGUCGCCGAUGUUGCGGCAUCGGUGGAGGUCCAUUUCGAGAACAAAGAUGGCGGAUUCUUUUUGAAGCACACACCAAGACCCUAUUACCCAUCUCGAACGGAUACAAUACCAGCGAUAGCUGCGUCAUCGACGGGUACAGGUGCAAGCAUAUCGGCAUCGAACAGUGCUGGUUCAGUACCAUCGCCACCACCAGGCUCGGUUUUAUCAAUAGACAAGUUCACCGUCUUUCAAACUAGCGAACCAGUGUCAGUUAGAGCGAGCUAUGGUCCUUUCAGUACGAAGCAGACGGUACCAGCCCGUUAUAUCGUACCCGAUCCAUUGGACACUUUACCAGGACCUGAGACCAGACGCAAUUUAACAGCCGCGACGAUAAUGGACGCUCAGGAAUUGGGCGCGAGACAUUUAGACAUGUCGGCGCAUUUAGUUGGUAACAGCGUCCCCAGGGAUUCUCCGGUUCUUCGGGUUUUAUUCCACGCUGGAAGUGAGGCCGGUGGUAGAAGACAAUUGCUCCUUGCUCGUCAUCAAAGGGUCUGCGUUGUUCUCCAUGCAAGUUUGGCGACACCCUUGAGGAAUUUGAAUAAUAACGGAAGAAGGGAAUAUUCUAGUUCCUCCGGUUCUUCUUCGACGUCAUCGUCGUCAUCGUCAUCAUCAUCGUCAUCGUCGUCGUCGUCGUCGUCGUCGUCGUCGUCGUCGUCAUCGUCGUCGUCGUCUUCGUCAUCAGGAUCGUCAUCCUCAUCCUCAUCAACCUCAACUAAUACUGCCCUAACGGCAGCAUGUAGCCCGGACGGUGAGAACGGCGUUUGCUUGGCCCAAAUCACAAUACCAGCGGAUUGGUGGGCUCCUCUACCUCCUCCUGAUGCAUCUGGACGCGUCAAGGUCGCGAAGAGCUUGCCGAGGCUCGUACAAGUCGCUUACUCCGUACUGGAACCACGUACCGAGGACGUUGCCUCUGGCAAUUCAGACGGUGGGGCAGCUUUCUGCCGGCCAAGAGUGCAAAUUCAACCGGUGACGCCACUCGGCCAAGUGCCCCUUGCGCCAAAUCGUGCGGCCUACAAGGAGCUCAAGGCCGACGAUUCUCUCACGCUACUCGUACCUCAUGGCCCGUUAUAUCCCAGAUCGAGGCUACACGUUCCGGCCUUCCUACAUCCGGCCAAGCUGACAGAUCUCAGACAGGAACGCCCACCUUUGGUCGUAGCAGUCUAUCUCAGAGCACGAGUGAAGUCAGGUGUGAAAAUCCUCGAUGCCUCAUCCAGCAGCCCCGAUUGGAUCGUCGACGUGGACAUAAACGCGAAAAAUACGGCGGCCACUUUCACAGCUAGGCGAAAGGAGAACGUCUCGAGAAUGCCAAGCGCAUCCGCCGAAGAAAUAUUGACGAUGCUAUUGGAAGCGAGCGAGGAGGGCAUUGGUGGCAACUGGGACGGCGGAAGGAUUGUCUGGAGCGUUCGUUACGCGUUUGAGGGAGAGGAGGAGAACGGUUCCCAGUUACCCGGUAUCGAUCAUCCACAGCAACGGUUACAGCAACGACAAAUGCAGCAUCAUCAUCACCACGAUAACGAAAGGCUUUCCGCCUUUCGACACGUAGUCGAGAGGCGGAAGCUGCAGGCACGUCUCGAGAUACAAAAGGACGACAUACAAGCGGUCUUGCCCAUCUCCAAGAACUGGGAGGUGAUGAAUACGGCCGUGUUGACGGGACGGCAAGUGUCACAGGGGAUGAAGGUUUUCAUCGUCAGUCAAGCCGGUACCGUGGCCGACGUUACCUUGCAAUCCUCCUGUCAUUCCGAGGACGAAAGUGUACUUAAGGUAUCCUCUUCGUGUAGCAGCGUCUACGUCGAUGGUUCGGAAAUUCGUGGAUCGAGUAACGCCUCGGUUCUGGUUAAAUACGGUACAUAUACUGGUUUGGCAAAGUUCACCGUUUGGAUGCCCGAAUUUCCAUUGGAGGUGACGGUAGGAGAUACAAGAUUGAGUCAGAUAAAGGGAUGGAAGGUACCGGAGGAACAUGCUAUGGGCGCAAAAAGUAAGCGUAGCUUAAACGGGACGAAUUUAUCGAAGAACGAAUCUAAGAACGGGCCUAGGACGAAGAAGAGAAGUGCCAUAGCAACGGAAUUAGAGGAUUCAAUGGAGGACACGUCGAUGGACGUCGAGGACCCAGAUAUCGUAUUGGAGGAGGACGAACAGGAAGAACGUUUCCGUGGCAACGAUCAUGGAUGGGACACUAUCAAUUCAAUCGACAGAAAUCCACCGACGAAUUGUCGAUUGCGUUUUCAACAAAGUCCGAUCGAGGUCCACGCAAGAUUUCUCGCGACCGAUCAUGAUUCCGGGAGGGUGUCCUAUUUCGUUAAUCGUCGUACAUGGUUAAGAGUAACAGAUUUGGUUGUCAGUAUGCUUCGUGUAUCUGACCCAAGAAUAGCCACACUUCUGCAGGGUAGAAUCGUUCAAGGUCGAAGCGUUGGGAGAACCGAAGUACAAGUUCUUUCACCUAUCACCGGUCGCGUAAUCGGUGCCAAGGAAGUUAGAGUUGGGAACGAUCGUGUUUCGGUUUCUCGAUUAACGGUAAGGGUCGUCUCAGGUCUUCAAUUGAGCAUCAGUCCGGACACGGCAAUCGAGAAUGGUUACGUCGCCGAGACAUCGGUUACCAGAAGAUUGACAGCGCAAUAUCAGGAAGGUCUAUUGGACAUAGACGUAGAAUUCUCAGACGGUUCUCGUACACCUUUGAGAGAGAUCGCUGUAAGCGAUUAUCAUUUGCUCGUUGAAAGUCUAGAUCCGGAAGUGGUUGCUUUUGCGCCUAUGGUGGCCUCCCAUCAUCCCCGAGUAAUCGCCGUCGGCGAAGGAAGGGGCGAUCUUUUGAGGGUCAGCCUUCAAUUGGCAGAUGCCUGUCGUCUUUCCGGUAGAAGAUCAGGCAAAGCUUCUCAAAGAGCAGCGGUCGCUUCCCUGGCUAGUGCGUCGGCCAACGUCGAAGUAGAUUUCUCCUCGAGCGACCUCGCUAAUCGACCGGAAUUCGUACAAAACGACGGCGGAGGCACCGUUGGUUCGCAUCAUCAUCGAGAAAGGAAAACAAAUCGUGGCGAGAUGGCGCCGGAUCUCCAUGACAUUCUUAUCGGGUUACCGCUGAAAGACGAGAACGAGCACGAGCACGAGCCUUUGGUGCAGGCGCGGCAGCACCUCACGGCUAUAGCUAAUGGCAUGUCUUCAGGAGGAAUGGGCGGUGUCGGGAUACGGCAUCACGGCGGAUCCCGCAUGAGUCCACUCGAGAUCGGCAUGUACGUCCUGCUGGCGGCCUUUUGCUUCGCGAUCGUUGUCUUCGUCGUCUCCUGCGUUGUCUACGCGAGCAAGUUCAAGCCCCAAUCCCCGGAUUCUCCGCUGACCGGAAGUGCUGUCCCUGUUCUCUCCGGUGCUGCUAGGGCCAGGGCAGCAGCCAAUCAACUCGCCUCGGGUAGAAGACCUCCUAGGGAAUCGACGACCAACGCGCACGAUUGGGUUUGGUUGGGACGGGCCACCCUCGAACGUGCCGCUUGUGGUCCUCAAAUGGUGCACGUGACCAACAAUCCUUUGGCCGGUGACGUCGAGGUAGAAACACCGGAAUUAGGUACUUGCUUCGACAAUCCAAAUCAUAUCGAACUUCCAUCGGCUGUUCAACGAACGAACAAUACAGGUCCCAUCGAUAGCACGACCUAUUGCAAGAGGGAUAAAUUGCCACGAAAUAGUUUUGCGGUUAAAUCCGCUCCGAUUAAGCCCUUACCGGCGAACAAUGUGACUGCACCGACCGUGUCCACGGCAGGCUCAGUGCUAGUGACUACGCGUAACGAUAACGAGGACGUACCACCGCCUUUGCCACCCCAUGGAGUUUCAGCGAAUUCGAGCGUGGCAGCAGCGGCCACGACGGUUGCCGUUACAGCCGCUCCCAUAAAUGGCAGCAACAACAACAACAACAACAACAACAACGGAAACGAGGAUUACAAGCCGCCUGUACCACCGCACAGAAACACCGGAAUGAUCGUUAGGCUGCCAGAAACACCUAGAAAGCAUCGUCAUCGUGCGUCCAGCAGUGGUAGCGCGUCCGGACAUCAUGCGAAUCAUCGGCACAAUGCGAACAAGCAACUCCAACAGAAUAACGUUGUUAAGCCACUAACGACACAGCAACACGGUAAAGGCAGAGCGAACAGUCCAAAGGAGAAUGGCGAGGAAGAGGAGGAGUUCGUCGAGUUGGUUAAUCUCGACGACAAACAGCUACAACUACAACAACAACAACAAUUACUACUACAACAGCAGCAACAACAACAACAACAGAAUCCUUAUUCGAAAGAGGCGAGGUCUAGAGAGGUGAAAAGGGCGACGAUAGUCGGAAAUCCUAUGUUCUCCUCGUUUUCAACGUCAGCCGUCGCAUCCUCUGUGAACGCUUCCACCACGACCAUUGCCUCAUCGUCGACCUCCCCACCCUCCACGUCACCGUCCUCCAAUAGUUCCUCCUCCUCCUCCUCGACGGCGUCCUCAUCGUCUUCCCAGGAGCAGGAGGAGUCCGUCGCACUCGAAGACCUUAAUCUCGGUAUGGAUUAUAAUCAGAUCAUGCAAUACUUCGACAAUUUGAAGGAAUCGAACGCCUAGGUAGAAGAGUCCGACCUCAUCGAAGGUCGUCCGUAGUAGUCAACGUCUAUACGAAGGUCCGGGGUCCUCGCGUCGUCCUACAUUCUUCCGAUCUCCGAGCGCUUCCUCCUCGUCAAUUGGUCUCGUUAGAUACGUAGAUUGACGAGAAGGGGUUGACUCGUGUCUGGCACCGAUUUAUAAAAAAAGCUCGCCCGCGCGCUGAUGGAGCUUUGCCAUUGGAGAUGACCCGUACGGAUGUUUCGUAUUCUAGACUAAUAAUCUAGUCAGCUUCCUAGCAGCACGUCAAGAGCAUGCGUAAAGAGAAAUACAGGUACACUAAGCGCGGAUAACACUAACACGAAGACUGAACACGUUUACUACACUUACACAUACUACAUAAUAGGUACACGUACUACGUAUGGUAUGUACACGCGAAUAGAGGACACAACUAAUACAGAGGCUUUAUCCGACUGCCGGUGAUGCGAUAGGGUGAUAGAUCGAUCCGAAAAAGAGAGAGGAUAUUAUACGCCAAUUAUAAUUAUCCUUAUAAUGAUAUCGAUGCUAUUACGGAUCUUGACGGAUUGAUCGAUCGACUCAUCCUCAUAUCACCGUUCUCGCCCCCGUAUAUCUUCUCGAUCUCUCGCUCAAGCCUUUUCCCUUCAAUUAGUCCAUAACCCUCCAUCCCCAUCCCUGGCCCGUAUUUUUGCGACUUCCCUUACCUUUGUCAUUCGCGGGGCACCAAAUUGCUGGUUCGCUACUCUUGCUUUCCCAGCAGUGCAGUCCAACGAGAAGACUUUGAUCCGAUGUUCCGAUCUCGAUUUUGAUCUUCUCUCUCUCUCUCUCUCUCUCUCUCUCUCUCUCUCUCUCAUCUAUCUAUUUUCUAAUUAAUUAUAUAUCGCCUUAUCACACCAUCAUCACCUUUCUUCAUCUAUUUUCGUGUUCAAUAUUUUCUAUUCAUUCGUUUCUUAUUCAUAUUUAUUAACAUUAUCUUACUGUUAAAAUUUAUCUUGACUUAUUUCAUCAGUUAUAAUUUUCCCACCUAUCUUGAUACCUAAGAAUCGGCGAAAAAUAGUCUUCCUGUUCGGAUUGGGUCAGAGGUCGAGAUGACCGUCGCGAUCGAAACUAUCGGAAAUCUCUGGUUGCGUUCCGCGUCGAAAAAAAAAAAACAAGAAAAUAAAAAAAAAAAAAUCACACGUAUAUUUAUUCGAGCCGAUGGUGCGUCGUAAUAUUUGUAAAUUUUGCUUUGUAAGACUGUGUACAUAUAUAUAUUAUAUAUAUAUAUAUCGCGAUAGCGCAGAUUAUUAAUUAUGGACUUACAGAUUUAACUUUACAUUUAUAUAUGGCCGUAGCAAGCGAAGAGCAUACAUACAUAUAUGAUAUAUUUAUAUAUAUAUAUAUAUAUAUAUAUAUAUAUAUAUAUAUAUAUAUUACGUUAGAUCGUAAGGGUCUUAGCGCGAGCCCUUCGAUCUCGAUUCGUCCUUUCCAUAUCAGUUACUACUGCGUGCGUGCUAGGUAAUAACGACGACGAGAGCUAUCGCACGCGCGCGUGAUUUUUCUCUCCUCUCUUAUUACGUCCCUCCCCGCUCGUCUUGAAACUUCCCUUUCAAUAAUCUCGAACGAAGACACGCACAGUACGCAUAUCCCCUUCGGAAAGAAAAAGAACCCUCCUCCACCCAACCCUCAGUCCCUACAGCCACCCUGUUCUUCCUCUUCUUCGCGAAUUCGUCGUUUCCCUUUGCGAGAACUCGAUCGUGCGCCUUCUCUCUUUUGUUCCCGAUCGUUGAAAAGGAAAAAGGAUCGAUACGAUACUAUUAAACGAAGAAGGAAAAAAAAAAGAAAAGGAAAAGAAAUAGAAAUAGAAGUAGAAAAAAAGAGAAAAGUGUAAGAUGCGAUCGAUCUUGAUCCGAGGAACGGAAACGGGAAAAGGGAAAAAGGAAAAAAGGAAAAAAGGAAAAAGAAAAGAAAAGAAAAGAAAAGAAAAAAAAAGAGAAAACGAAAAAAACUAUCAUUAAUAGGCAUCUAAGGACUACGUGUCUAAGUAUGUAUGUAUCUGUAAGUUGUGUGUUAGCACGUCGCGUGGAAUUAUAGUGAUAAAAAUCGACGAUAAUGACAAACGACGUCCGAUGAAACUGAUCGCGCUUUAAAAAAAAAAAAAAAGAAAAAAAAAAGAAAAAAAAAAGAAAAAAAAAUCACACCUAUGUAAUCUAUCUAUAACGCGUAAGUAUCGUCGGUGAUCUACGGUCGCGUUAUCUACAUAUGUAAUUGUAAGUGCGCGGAUCAGAUGACGAUCAUUAAUAAUAUAGACAUCUCUAAUUGGUGCAACGGAGAAAUAAUUCCGUGCCGAAAUCGAGAAAACGUACAUUAACCCGUCGAGAAUCUAGUCCUAUAGCGUAACUAUUAUAUAUAUAUAUAUAUAUAUAUAUAUAUAUAUAUAUAUAUAUAUAUAUAUAAACAAUUAAUCGUCGUAACGCGCGAUCUACGUUGCCUUUCGCCGUAUGAUGCGUUUCUUCGAGUCGCGAACGGCGGAUCCAUCGAUCAGCGAAAGUUCCGAAUGCAUAAACAUUGCUUUAUUAUAUAAAGUGAGAAAGACUCGUUGUCAAUGAAUAAAAUGAAAACGAAUCAAUCAUAUCGACUGCAGAGUGAGACGCGCGCUUUUUCUUCUUUAUUUAUUAAAAUCCGCUCUCGCUCGGCCCAUUUGUCGCACAGGAGAACAACAUUGCCGGUCUUACCGAUAAAAAAUUAUUAACACUAACAAUGUGCGUCAAUGAGAUCAAUAAUAUUUACGAAUGAUCUAGAAAUGAUAAAGAUUGUAUGAAAAAAAGUUGUCACGUGACGACGACCCAUUGACGGGUCGGAACAUACUCACGGGUCUACUACGCGCCUUCGGAUCUUUAUUAUGCGAUCGAAAAUUUAGAGAAAAAGAGAAUUGAAAAGAAAAGAGAGAGAGAGAGAGAGAGAGAGAGAGAGAGAGAGAAAAGAAGAAAAAGCACGGACGAAAUGAUAAACGUUCCGAUAUGAUCUUUUGACGCGCUUUUAAAAUAGAAACAAAAAGUUCCUUUCUUUCAUACUCGUCGUACGUUCGGGAACAUAGUAUGCACGUUUUUCACGCGUUCUUUGAUCGUUCUCCUUCGAUCCUUCUCCUUCUCUUCCUUCUUCUUCUUCUUCUUCUUCUUCUUCUACGCUUCUUACCUGAGUUUUAACGAGGAAUAUCCGUGGCCAAUUAAAAUGGCAAAUAACUUUUAACGGAUGUAUGUAUGUAUGUAUUUAUAAGGUCACCGAACGUAAAAUCGCGCGUCAUACCUCUCGGUGUAACUAAGUUCUUGCUGAUUAGAGUUUAUGAUCAUCGUAAUGCUGUCUGCGUACACAUAAACACACAUUCCUUUGACAUGGCGUCACCCUAUCUACGUUAAAUGUAAUAAAUACGGAAUGAAGUAUUUAAAAAAAAAAAAAAAAAAAAAAAAAAA